GAUUUUCUGCGCUAAAUAAAAACAAAAUGGCGUCUUAUGGCAUCUCACAAGACGAUGUUGGGCUGUCUUUUUUUGGAAGAAAAUUCCUCAUAGGAACGACUAUAGGAUUAGGAAUAGGUAUUGGAGUCGGUGCUGGGUUGCUAGUCAUUAAGAAAUUUGGAGGAAAACGUGAGAAAGAUGAAAAAAUGGUGGUUUGUUUGCAAGACCUGACACAAGAGUUGAAAGAACUUCGCUCAGUUAUCGUGAGACUCAAAGAUAAUAUCGCUACUCCUGCGAGGGAAACUAAGCUAACAGGAAAUGAAUAUAGCUCUAAUUCUUUAAGAGAAGUUGCGUCUGUACGGACGAUAUCUGACGAUGAGGAAGAGUUCUUUGAAAUGCCUCCAGACGAGGAAAUUUUGUUCACCCAAGCAGACCAACUACAAACUAGUGCUCCCUUUGACGAUAUCAAACCAAUAAUCCAAGAGGUGGAGCUACUAAGCAAUGAUGAAACUAAUGAGAAUAAUAAAGAUAAAGUGCACACCUUAUUGGAAAAUGCUGUCAAUAAGUAUCCAGAGAAUGCAGAACUCUUAUGGAGAUUAGGAAAAUCAUUUUAUGAUAUUGCAUCAGAGAAAGGCAAAGCAGGAUUCCUAGAAGAGAAGAAAAAUCUAUUGUACAAAGGUUUAGGAAUAGUGCAGAAAUCAGUUAAGAUAAACAGUCAGAAUGCAAGUGCCCAAAAGUGGUGUGCUAUAUUACUAGGAAGUACAUCUGACUAUGAAAGUACACAAGAUAGGAUAUUAUUAGGAUUCAAAUACAAGGAACACAUAACAAAGUCAAUAGAAUUAAACAACAAGGAUGCAACGUCAUACCAUUUACUAGGGCGUUGGUGUUAUGAGGUCAGUCAGCUUCCUUGGUGGCAGAGAAGAGCCGCCUCAGCAUUUAUAGCUGAACCUCCAACAUCAACAGUACAAGAAGCUUUAGAAAACUUUCUCAAGGCAGAAGAGCUUGAUCCAGGAUUUUGGUUGUCAAAUUCCUACUGGAUUGCUAAAUGUUACUAUGAUCUCAGUCAAUAUAGUCAAAGUAAAGAAUGGUUACAGAAAAUUGUGACAAUGAAGACCAAGUCUGAGGAAGAUGAAAAAUGUCUUGCUCUGGGAAGAGAACUUCUACAAAGCUUGUAACUCUAGCUAGCGAUAUAUUAAUGAUAUGAAGCACCUGUUUCCAUGGUAAGCAUGUCAAUAUAGUUUAAUGAAAUGUUAGGCAGUGUCAAUAUUGAUACUAAAAAUACUGCUCCUUGAAGAUAUUAAUAAUUUGCCAGUGAAUCUAUUAAUUUGAAAGCCUUAAACUAGUAUAAUAUCAUAAUGAUGA